AUGGCAUUUGAUUUCUGUACACCUGCGUGGGCCCUGCAGGUCUUCUGCGAUGCGAUGGGCCUCAUUGCAACCUCGCGUACUACGCUAUUUUAUUCUACGAUGAACCAUGCCAUCGACGGCUCUCUACUGUUUUCUUCGGCGGACGCGCAAGGUGGCUGGGAUCAGAGUGGAUUCCAGUCGUCUCAGCCCGCUAUAUUGUCUCUUGGAAUGGCCAAUGAUGAAAACCUUCGUGACCUGGACAUUCUCCGGCUUAGCGAGACGCGGCGUGCGUCUGAUAUGUACUACCAGUCGGCUAGUGACCCCACCGUCUUCCAACCUCCCCAAGCCCUCAUAUCUACCUCGCCCAAUCAUGCCGCUAGUCCCAACAACAUCAUCGAUGUCCCUAUGGAAGUCAAGGAGCGAUUAGUCGCGAUUUUGCGUACCGCCGAUCUUUCUGGAGACGAUCAACUCCAACGUCUCCUGGCAUCUCUCUCAUCGCCCCAAACCGUCAUGCGUCUUGAGUCAAGGUCCACGGCACAAGUUCGCUCCUUCCCCCAUUACGACCCAUACCGCCCAGGGCGUCCGUUUCCCUCGAGUUCUCAUCGGCAGCCAGUUCUCCCUUCCGAUUAUCCUCCUGCAUCUCACUUUAGACCAAAUUUUGGGACUGGGCGUCCUCCGUUCCCUCAUACAUCGUACUCGGGCCUGAACACCCAGUGUCUUGAUGGGGAUCAACUUGUUCAAGGCGAAAUCGACUCCAACUCGUGGUCAAAUCACCCUUUAUGUCAAGCUCUCACCCCCACUACGCCGCCUUCUCCCCAUUACUUUGCGCUGAAUAUGGAAUCCUCCAUCCACAACGCGAGCAGCAUUCCCACCGUCAUCCCCCUUGAAGGCGUCGCUCAGCUCCCCAUCCCAUCGCAGAUCAUCGCCGAGUCCCCACAUAAUUCCCCCAAACCUCCUGUGUGCUCAUGGGACAACUGCGGGCACUCCCUCGCUGAUUUUCAUAGGUCGGAAGUCAGGAGACAUUUUAGGGACUAUCACGAAGUCCAGCGUUUCACUCACUGUCGAUGGUCGGGAUGUGGGAUCCCGAUCAAAAAAAAUGGCAUGGUGAAGCACGUCACCAACAAGCAUCUGCACAUGAGCAGGUACCUCAAAGACAUAAUGUCCUCGAUCUGUAUGCCCGCGCCAUGUCUCUAUGAAAACUACGACUAG